AUGACAAUGGCUAAUCCAUGUCCAUGUGAAAUAAUUACAAAAGAAUCAUUAUCAAAUAAUCCUGCAAAUAUUAAUAUAGAUUCAAAAAUGAAUCAGUUAGUUGAUGAUGAAACUCUUGAAGAUUAUUUUGAUCAACUAACAGUUCCAUCACAAUCAGAAAUAUCAACAGAUUUAUCAUCAUUACAUCCAUUAUUUCGACAAAUCAAAAAUUCAGAAGGAAAUCGGAAACGUUUUAAAAGACCAAGUUGGGCAACUGUUGGAAAACGAGCAAUUUAUAUGAAUAAUAAACAACCAUCAUGGGCUCAAGUUGGUUAG